AUGGAAUCGCAAAAAGAAAAAAGAGAAACUGACACUGAUAAGCAUUAUGAGGAAAUUAAUAAUUUAAUACCAGAAACGGAAAUUACCUUAUUCUCCGGAGAUUUCUCACCAAAGAGCACCAGAAAAAAAUACGAAGAUUAUAUUGACGGAACCAAAGAUCACGUAUAUAUGAUAACUCACCAUAUAGUGCAUCACCGUGUUGAGAUCCCGAACGUAGUUGUGCCUAAAUACCCAGCUGCUACAACACCGCCUCCUCGACUGACAUUCCAGCAAAAAGUAAAACGUCAAAUACGACGAGCUCUCGAACGUUUUUUUAGUUGGUUUCGUCAAUUUGAGAAUGUUGUCGAAGAGAAAAUCCAUUCGGCGUCUGAUCAAGUGAAUGAAGCAAUUACCGAUGUCAAAGAUUCAGAUCAUGCAGAAGAGAAGUUUUCCGAUGCUGCUCAUUCUGCUACAGAUAAAAUUAUGUCAAAAUAUGACAUAGACAAUGUCGUGAAGGCAUUUGAGAAAAUUAAAUAUGCUGAUAAUGAAUCAAAAGUAGCAAAUGAGAGUGACAACACGAAUCGAAAGACACAAAAUUUAGAUGAAAAUCCUAAUGAAAUUAUGAGAUCAUCCUAUGAAAAAGUUUUUAAAACCGCAAAAGAAAGAGCAAAGAGAGUGGCAAAU